CAAGAACAAGCUGCCCACACCUCCUUCGUUCUCUUCACUUCAACUCGCUCUCACCCCCGUCAUUGUCACCCGAACCGCUUUCUUUACCCUCCAGAAUAAUCUGUGAACCGUCCUUGUACCCCCUAGACCGCCAACAUGUUCAUCGCGCGAUCGGAAUACGACCGUGGUAUCAACACCUUCUCUCCGGAGGGGCGUUUGUUCCAAGUCGAAUACUCUCUGGAAGCUAUCAAACUGGGCUCAACAGCGAUCGGUGUCGCAACAUCAGAGGGUGUCAUCCUGGGUGUUGAGAAGCGUGUCACAUCCACCCUUCUCGAGGCUUCUUCCGUCGAAAAGAUUGUCGAGAUCGACCAGCACAUUGGUUGUGCCAUGUCUGGUUUGCAGGCUGAUGCCCGUAACCUGGUCGAGCAUGCUCGUGUCGAGUGCCAGAACCACGCCUUCCACUACGCCGAACCGCUGAGAGUCGAGAGCUGCACCCAGGCUAUCUGUGACCUGGCCCUGCGAUUCGGAGAGACUGGUGACGAUGAGGAGAGUGUCAUGAGUCGACCUUUCGGUGUGGCUUUGUUAAUCGCGGGCUUUGAUGAGGAUGGCCCUCAGCUAUAUCACGCCGAGCCGUCCGGUACGUUCUACCGAUACGAUGCGAAGGCCAUUGGAUCCGGAAGCGAGGGCGCGCAGGCGGAAUUGCAGAAUGAAUACCACCGCUCUCUGACGCUCACCGAGGCCGAAACGCUGGUCCUGAAGACACUGAAGCAGGUCAUGGAGGAGAAGCUGGAUGCAAAGAAUGUGCAACUGGCCAGUGUGACCAAGGAGAAGGGCUUCCGCAUCUACAACGACGAAGAAAUGGGCAGCGCGGUUGCGCGACUGGGCGAGAAUCAAUGAGCGAGGAAUGAAACUUAUACGCAAGAUUUGUGACAGGCUGAUGUGAAAUGCUCGGGACUAGUUCGUCCUGGUAAAGGUCGUGUAUCUGUUUUGGCAUCAAAUAGAAAAUUACAAUGGCCUC